CACAUUCAUUGGAGAAGAAAGCGGAUUACCAGGUCCGUGUCUUCGCAAAUACAUCWCAUGGAAAGGCCUCACUGCCUGAAAUGGAGUCACCAUCAGUUCCAAAGGAAGAGKGGUCAGCUGAGGACAGCGUAGCGACUCCAGACGACGGUCCAGAGAUAUCGAAACAAGGCAAGGAUUCUCUGUGUAACGACGAAAAUCAAAACACAACUAACGAACAAAAAAAUGAACUUGACAACGAGUCUAGUCAACAAGGCGAGAAAGCUGUAGGAGAAGAGGAACGCAAAGAGGAUAUUCAAAAGAACGAAUCARCUGAAAAUAACCACCAAGCCAGCUUGARURCAGAAGUGAAAGUCAGUGARCAUCGCGAAGGUAGUGAGGAUCAAAACGUGYCGGAUGAUCCGAUCACGGUGAAAUCAGUAACACCACGRAAGACUAAGAAAAGAGGAAUAUUUGUGAGCUAYUCGCCGGAAGCAACAUUUGAAGAAAAACGAUUUAUAUCCUACACAGUAAAAGAGCUCAAAAACUUGGGCUUUUCGGACGAUAUUUGGUUUGAUAAAGAUGAGGUUGCCCUUGACAGUCCUCUGUGUUCACAGCAGAGAUUGGAAAUUGUCGAGAAAUGUCGAGCCGCAUUAGUGUUCWUGUCCAAUUCUUAUCUCAAUUGUAAAUCAUGUCAGUGUGAAAGCGCUGUACUUCUAUGUCGUCAAGAGACUGAAAACACCGAUACGUCUGAUGAUCGGGCUAAACCUGUCCGGUUGUUUUGCAUCAAUUACAAUGUACCAAACCUUCCUCYUGCCUAUAGAUCCCUUGAGGACGUGGUCGACCUGACCUUGGACACUCUUGCUUUUGCAAGUGUGGCUGAAAAAUCAUCAGCUGUUGUCGGGGGAUUUAGCGAAGAAAUCGAGAAGUACGCASUGAUGUACGGCACAGGGCUGCCAACCUUUGAUGAAGAUGAGGGUAAUUAUAGACAACGUAAAGUGUACAACUGGGACGUAAAUGAUGUACAAGACUGGCUUAAUUCUAUGAAAAUYCACCAGAGAUUUUGUUUGACAUUUGAAGAAAACCAAAUUGACGGUUUCUUACUGCUUUCAUUGACUGAUGAUGAUCUAGAAAACCACUUAAUGGUUGACACGAGGGUUGUACGCAGAAAACUGCUUCAACAGUUGAAUGGUAUCCUUGAAAAGGAAAACAAAGCGCAAGACCGCUGGUACAUGAAACUUCGCAAAUUAAAAAYYAAAGAAGACUCCAUUUAUAUCAUAUUUGACCCUACAGACGUGAGAUUUGUGGAGCGACUAAAGACAGAUCUCGUUAAAAAGAAUUUUCAAGUGUUUCAUCAUGACAGAUUAGGCCAAUCCAAAGAAGAGUUCUUGCAAUUAAAUGGCCAUCACCUGGCUUCAUCCAAUCACAUUAUUUUACUCAUGACACCAGAUUCACCCAAGUCUUUGUUCGUUUAUAAUGAGUUACUUUUUGCAAGCUGGUUAAGCAAGCCCAUACUAGUUGCCAUGACAACAAACUCUUGGAAUACCAUGAGAUUAAACAUGCAAGCUCUUCUAGGAAAUUGCUCUGCUGUGGAUUUUGAAACAAAAUCUUACAGUGAAAGCCUUGAUGUUCUUUUGUAUCAUAUCAAACCAUUUAGACAUAUGCCAGCUGUUAUCCUUGAGCAGGAGUUUCUAGAUCGCAUGCAUAAUGGCAUUAAACCACUUCAAGUUAUGGUCAAUAAUGUUGAUUCAAAUGUUAAUGAGGUUUGCAACCCACCUCCUCGCCCAAAGGUAUUUCUCAGCUACCACUGGGAUGUCCAGUCCAAAGUUGAGAAGCUUGCACAGCAACUUGAAAGUCAAGGAUUUGAUUGUUGCAUGGAUGUUAACACAGUGUCUAGCCCUAGACGUCUCUCAUCUCAAGACACACACACAGAAGUGAGCAAUGACAACUUGCAGUCACAAAUACUAAGGAACAUGAAAUCUUCUGGUGUYGUGAUUUGUUGUAUAACUCAUAAGUAUAUUUGCUCUGAAAAUUGUUCCAAUGACUUGAACCUYGCCAAAACAUUGUCCAAGCCAAUWGUGCCUUUGAUGUUUCAGUGGAUGUCUUGGCCCCCAGACGGACUUGCUGUUAAAGUUCGUAAGAUAUUGGCGCCUUUGCAUUUUGUAGAUAUGAGCAACGACAAACUCUUCAAGAAGAACCUAAGCGUUGUAGUUUCACACGCGAAAAAGCACCACAGCUCACCUAACUCGAGRGAAAGUAAGAAAACUGGGCAAACCAAAUGGUAGUUGAAUAAGAAAAACAACAUAUAGGUACAUUAAUCCGGGGGUAUUCAUUAAUUUAACGCCCACAAUACGCAUUAAAUGUGAGAAAUAAACGAAUAUUUUUCUGAGCU